CAUGUCGGAGGAUAGCAAUGACGAGGGGGGCGCAGAGGGACGGAGGAAGCCGAGCGCCAGGAGUACUCGGCCACGCACGGAUUCCUCGCCCAGAUACAGCAUGUCCGACGACAGCGAUGAGGAGACAGACGACGUGCGAAGCACCAAGAGGCCCAGGUCGCCGGCGGUUGGCGCGGGGGGGCCGCCGAAGCGCACCCCGAGGGACGCCGGUGACGCCGCGGUCAGCAGCAAGACAGAGUCUCAGCAGGUUCUGCGGAGGUCGGCGGGGUCUCGCUCCUCCUGUGGCGUGGCUGGCGCGGGCGCGCGCCUCAGCUCCGCAGGAAGUCCUCCAAAGCGCCAGACGCCCCCGUCGAAUGGAUGCGUCGGGGUCAGUGGCGCGGCGGCCGCCGGGUCCGCACGCAGGCCAUGCGGCCCCAGCCCGGGAGCCGCGCUGCCGUAUCGCGAGUCGGACAGUGUUGGCAGCGCCCGAGAGACCGGCGCCUCUGCGGAGGUUAGCGUGGGGCGGACACCGCAAACGACAGGAAAUGGAGGUGGCGCGUCGACGGUGGCCUCGGCCACUAACGAUGGCUCCGCGCCAGCCCACGGCGCGCCGCUCCAUCGCAAGACAACUGUCAAGGACCGGCUGCAGCAGGCCGAACCCAUCUCGUUUUUCUUGACGAAGGUGCGCUCGGUGAAGAGCACGUGGCGCGAGCGGUUGUCGCUGGGCCUAGUGGAGCUGCUGGACCCGUCGUUGGGCGAGCUCAAGGCGUCGCUGCAGCUCAACUUCCUGGUGGACCUGGACUGGCUGCUGGAGGCCUACGGCGUGUACGGUCACCAGCACAAGCCGCUCACCGUGCUGCACGGCAUUGACCCGUUCAGUGCUCCCCAGAGCAACGUCACGGUUCAGAAGGUCAGCAUGCCUUACCCAUUCGGCACCCACCACACCAAGAUGAUGCUGUUCGAGUACACGGAAGGCAUACGCGUGGUCAUCCACACCUCGAACCUUGUGGACGAGGACUGGCAAGACAAGACGCAGGGUCUGUGGGUGAGCCCGCUGCUGCCGCCGCUACAGGCCUCGGCCGGCGACGGUGAGGCGCCCACCGGGUUCCGCUCCGACCUGAGUCGCUACCUGGCGGCCUACAAGCUGCGCUGCCUGACGCCUUGGCUCGAGGUGGUGGCCCGACACGACUUCAGCGCCGUUCGUGUGUUCUUCGUGGGCUCGGUGCCGGGCCGGUACCAGAGCGCUGCCAUGGAUCUGUGGGGACACCGCCGCGUGCGCCGGCUCCUGCAGAAGCACGCCGUCAGGAAGAACUGGAACCUGGUCAUCCAGUGCUCUUCCAUCGGGCGGCUGGGCGCCGGGCCCGACCAGUGGCUGCUGGGGGAGCUGCGCGAGAGCCUGACGGGCGGGCCGAGCGCCGCGCGCGCCACCGUCAUCUACCCCACCGAGGAGAACGUGCGCAACAGCGUGGAGGGCUACGACGGUGGCUCGUGCCUGCCCUACCACCACAAGACGCACGUGCAGCAGCUGUGGCUGCGCGACAUGCUGCACCAGUGGCGGAGCGAGUCGCGUGGUCGGAGCGGCGCCAUGCCGCACAUCAAGACGUACACCCAGCUGUCUGCCGACCUCACCCGCAUGGCCUGGUUCAUGCUGACCUCGGCCAACCUCUCCAAGGCGGCCUGGGGUGCCACCGAGAAGCAGGGGCAGCAGCUCUUCAUCCGCUCCUACGAGGCCGGUGUGCUGUUCAUCCCGAAAAUGCUGGGGUGCGAGUUUCUGCGGGCGGCGGACGGAGACACGCCGGCCCCGGGCGCCAUCAGCCUGCCGUUCUCGCUGCCGCUGACGCCGUACGGCGACGCCGACAAGCCGUGGUUCGCCGACACGGGCCACGCCCUGCCCGACGCCAUGGGACGCACCCUGGUCCGCACGUGAUCGAGCUCCCGCCGCCACUAUCGUCAGCGGACGGACGGCGCCCACAUCCGUGUCCGCCGGCUCACGGACGUCACCCACGUGCGCGCUGGUGUGUCCGUGUGGCCUGCAGGAGAGAUGGCAGCACUGGCUUGGAGGAGGGCGUGUGUAUGCCCGGGCCGACCGUUUGGCACCACAGGGUCGGCCGUCGCUGUGCUUCCUCUGUGGUACGUUGAAUUUGAUAUGGUUGCACCCAGGCUAGGGUAUGUGCUUGUGAUCAUUGUUGGCUGGAGCGGUUCAAAGUACAACGUUACUUUUGUCGUCCUGUGGGGUUGCGAACUAUUUGCGACCUCCAAUUCCGUGCACUGUUUUUGUAUGCAGGAUGCAAUGUUUGUAUGCAGGGUGCAGUGUUUGUUUUUGUAUGCAGGUCACGAUGUUUGCGACCAGACGGAGGUCAGACAUUUGCCAAGUGUGUGAUGUUGCUUGAGAUAGGCGUGUUGCAGUCUUGUAGCAAAUAUGUGAUCUGUUUGUGCCACUGCCUCAGAGAUGUCUUCAACUGCUUAAGCAUCAUGCAGCUUGAUAACAACAUUCCUGUUCCAUGUUGCAACUAUAUAUUUUUGGAGA